UUUUAAGAAAAUAAAUUGUAAAAAAUAAUCGGGGUAUAUGACUUUGUGUCUGUGGUAACUCGUUGCCACGCCUCUUCGCCUCCUAAUAUAACCAACAUAGAGGAAAUGUUGUUUCUGUAUGAGAGAGGAUCUUCGGACUAAAAUACUGUCCAGGUGGCGAGAUCUUCCACUGAGGCACUUGACAAAUCAGAGGGGUGUAAAAAUACCCACUUUAUUCGGACCUCAAUAUGGGGGUAUUAAUAUCCCGGUUUAGGACAAAGCCCUCCACUGUAGAGGUUUUGGAAGGAAUUGAUAAGGAUAUACAGACUGGUGAGGAAUGUAGAGAACUGUAUCAAAGACAGUUGAAGCAAUGGCUAUGGAGACUACUGCUGUACUCAUCUCUUCUCUACCUGAUGGCCAGCAUAAUUGUGUAUCUCUGGUACCUCCCUGAACAGAUGAUUGGGAAGGUCAUAUUGGCCCUUCCGUAUGUGAUAUUUCCACUAUUUGUAUGGCUCCUUCGAAAGGGGCUGAUUGCUCUUUUUAACAGAAGAACGGAAAAAAACAAUGAAAAAUUGGACGAUCUCAAAUCACAAAAACGAAAAAUUCUGUUAGAGGUGAUGGAAACUGAAACCUAUAAAACUGCAAAAAUGAUUCUGGAGAGAUUUGAUCCUGACUCAAAAGCGAAGGUGCCAGAAUCCCUUCCAAAUGAAAUGCCUAUGACUCCAAAACCUCACCAGGAACUCCGUCAGCGUCAUGUCACUCCUCGUCCCCCGGUGGCGGUGACUCCUGCCGCAGCCCGUCCUCCUCGUCCCCCGGUGGCGGUGACUCCUGCCGCAGCCAGUCUUCUUCUGGCCCCAGGGGCCACCCAUGCAGGGCCACCCCUCCACUCUGCUCCUGGAGGACCCCCAGAGAGGAUCCUGUCUGAGGCUGCUCAGCAGAGCUUGACGAAGAGGCCCAUGACCCCUGGCACCCUUGUUCCAGGAGUGGGCCCUCCCCUGGCCAGACCUGUCCUCCCCAGGGAUCGCGGCGCCAUGGACAGGGUUAUUGAGUACCUUGUCGGCGAUGGCCCUCAGAAUAGAUAUGCCCUCAUAUGUCAGCAGUGUCUCACCCAUAACGGCAUGGCAUUAAAAGAGGAAUUUGAAUAUAUUGCCUUUAGAUGUGCAUAUUGUUGUUUCCUGAACCCUGCGAGAAAGGCCAGACCCCAAGCCCCCCGACUCCCUGAGAUCAGUGCCGAGACGAAGAUCCUCACCGACGCAACACCACCUGAAGCCGAUGAGAGCCCCGUUGCUGCAGUUGAGGAGAAAUGGCCUUCUCCCCCAGCUGUAGAGGAGAUCCAGGAGUUGACAGUUACUCCAACAGAGAGUGCCCCUGAAACAAAAGGGUCAGAAACCCCAGGCUGUCUGCGAGCCACCACAGAGAAGUCCGAUGGAGAACUAGAUAUGUCCGAUAUGGAGGUUCAAUAGAAUGUUGUUUCAACAUCAUUUUAGGCUGGAGCUAUAUUCUUUUUUUAGUUAUUUUUCUUAGUUUUUAAAAGAUAACUUAAUAACAUCAAUGCUGUGAGUAAGAAUCGUAGAAUGACAGGCUAAGGUUUUGGUAUGAACUUAAAUAAAUACCUUUUUUUUCCCUGUCUGUUAUAGUGAUAGCAUAUAAACUGAAUCCUGAUGGUAGGGGAUAAUGGACAGGCAAUACUCUUGGGAUUUGACGCGAUGUCAAUACUUUCAUUCACUGUUCCAGCACUUCCAUCCAUGAAGCAAAGAGUAGGUCUGCUAGCUAAGCGUUUGCCGUUGAUGCACAGCUGUAGAAUGUUUAUAUAUAUUAUUUCUUUUCCUUUUUAGUGUUUUAAAUAUUAAGCGGCUAAGCAAUUUGCCACAUGACUAUAUUGUCUGUUUUGUGUGACGAUGUCUGUCCAUGUUGUCUACAGACAGGUAAACAUGCUAAUGCAUGCUAGUACUACUUAAUAAUAAUAAUAAUAAUAAUAAUGCAGAGGCCAAAUGUAGCUAAGCAGUUGGUUUGUAGAAUGACGUUUUCUUCCGUUUGUUUUGCGCGAGUUAUUUGCUGCAUUGUCACUGUAUUUUUGUUAGUUUUUUUUUGUUUGUUGAGAAUGUCUGGCCAUGUUUACAGAAAUGCAAAAAAAUAUCCUGUCCGGUGUUCUAUGAAAUCUGUAUAUUUAUAGGUGAUGAUAUUUCUAGAUACUACAGUAUUGGGAUACAGUGCCCUUUUGAUCAGUAUUGAAUAGGUUUUUGGAUACUUCAAGCACCAUGUGGCUAACCACAUGUUUACACAGUAAUGGUACUAUCAGGAGUGCUUAGUUACAUAUGUAUUGCUUAAUAGGAGAAAGAUGUUCUGCUCUACUCUGCAUCCGAGUGCAUUUAUACUUUGAAAUAAAUAAAGUCAAUUUCAGUAAGCUG